AUGGCCGCCGCCGACCGUCUCUCCGCCCUCGCCGACGACCUCCUGCAGCGCAUCCUGUCCUUCGCGCCGGCCAAGGAGGCCGCGGCCAGCGCUGCCCUCUCGCGCCGAUGGCGUCCGCUGUGGCGCCGCACGGGUGCCCUCAACCUCGACAGCAAGCCCUACCCCCGCCAAUACUCCUACGGGAACCGCCACGACCCCUACGACGACUUCUUCCGCCACGGCAUGGCCGCCCUCGGCUGCCGCCGCGAAACGGCGCUCAAGAGGCUCACGCUCUACCUCGGGAUGGACGCCUACCUCGUUGGUGGCAAGUACUACAGCUCCCACGACGGGGAUCCGGAGUUCGAUGCCCGGGUCACCGGCCUCCUCGUCGACCCCGCUGCGGCCGCGCUGGAGGAGCUCCGCAUCGCUGCUGAGCCCUCCUACCGAAAUUCCUACGUAGCGCCGCUGGCCUCCCUGCCGUGCGCCACCACGACGCUCCGGGUUCUGGAGCUCGACUCCUGCGACCUCGAGCCGUCCGCGCGGCUCGCUUUUCCUUUGCUCACGGAUCUCACGCUGCGCAACUGCACUUACGUCGUGGGAUAUCUGCAGGUCGUGCUCGAUGCCGCCCCAGCGCUAAUCAGACUUGCGCUGGUGAACGUCACUAAUAAGCCGCCAAAGCCGCCGGCUUCCGAGAAGGAUCGCUACUAUACACCCAAGACUUUCAACCUGCCCCUCUGCCUCCGCUGCCCGACGGUCACCGCCUUGGUGCUCGAGACCACCGUCUCCGGGGAAGAGCUCGACGAUUCCCGCAACAUCGGCAUACAGCUCGACAUGCCGAGCCUAUGCUCCUUCCGCUACAAGGGGUUCCCCUUCAAGCUCUCGCUGACAUCGCCGGCGCCGGGGCUGGCACAAGUCCACCUCGACACCAACCACAGCGAGAGAGGUGUCUACAAGUGCGAGCCCACCGCGCGCGCUCUCGGCAGCUUCUCCAGCACGAGGGCCCUGAAGCUGCACCUCAAGAAGAUCGAGAACAUAUUCUCCCAUAACGCAUCAAGCAGCUACAGGUAUCAGGGUUCCACCGGCAACCAAGACCCCGACGAGGAGGUCACCCUGCCGAACUUCCCGAACCUGAAGCUCCUCGAAAUAGACGCAGAAUUCAACUACAGGGACAGCAACACGGCGUUGGCGUUGGCGAUGCUGCUCCACUCAUGCCCGGCAAUGUCGGAGCUCCGACUCAGGCUAAACAUGACAUGGGACUACGACUACGAUCGCAAGACCGAGAAACAGGCCGCCGGAGGCCCCUUCGCCCAGUCUGUGGAAAGGUUCAGCAGGCUCGGUUCCAUGUGCGCAGAACACCGGGACGACGUGGAGCUCGGCGGGGUCUCGGAGCUCCCGGCCGCCUUCGCCAACAACUCCGCGUUCAGCUGCCUGAGGACGUGCUUACGGAAGGUGACGCUGCAAUUCAAGUCCAAGGAGCUCAACUGCUUCCAGGUGCAGCUGGCCAAGUUCCUCGUGGAAAACGCCAUGGUACUCGAGGAGAUGCACGUCGAGGAUGGGGACCAAUUCUGGCCAGACCACCUCUUCGACAAGCUCACGAGAUGGAGGACCGACGCGUUCCGGAGGAGGAACCUAUCGGACACGACCGGUUUUCAGGUGUUCCAGCUAGCUAAUCCUGUCGUUGAUCCUAAGGUCAAGGUACAUUACUGA